CGCUUCCGCUUACGUCUUAUGCGGCGGAAGUCAGCUUUGCGCAUGUGCAGAAACAUUCCAGGGACUCAGGAGCGGAGACCAAAACACCGAAAAAAUAUCCGCUCUUUAGUGGCAGUAACAUCGCCUGUUAACAGAUCCAAAGAGAUUGUGUGUCUAAGCUGCAGUCAUGGUGUGCAUCCCCUGUAUUGUGAUUCCAGUCCUGUUGUGGGUCUACAAGAGGUUCCUGGAGCCAUACCUCUACCCUUUCAUUUCACCAAUUAUCAAUCUAUUCUGGACCAAAAAAGCGGUCCUGGAGACUGCGGCUAGUGACCAAAAAGUUAGUGACAAGAAGAAUGGAAAUUACACUCCUGAAAGCAACGGGGAGGCAGCUGCCAAUGGAUCCACUAUAGUAGCAGACAAGAAGACAGAUUGACACCUCUUAAUGAUUAUAACGCAUCUAAAACUGUGUAAAUAUUCCAGUCGUAUAAUCUAGAGAAACUAUGAAUUAACUUAUAAUUGGUUGAAUCGAGUGGUUUUUAACACCCUUCCAUAUUAUUGUAUCUUGUUUUAAAAAAUAAUAAUUUGUAUAACGGUAACUUAAAGAAAUGUUUUAUUGUUGAUAUAUGCAUAUAUAUGUCUUUUUCUAAGACAAAAUUGCAGUUUAAUGAAUAAAUAAACACAAGAAAAACUACAAA